AUGGAGAAGCAGCCGCCGCCGCCGGUGCGCCCAACAGUGAGCACAACCUUGUCGGGCAGCCCACGCCCCGGCGCCCCCUCCGCGGCCGGCACGCCUGGCCGGACUUCCUCUGCGGUGGCGACGGCCGUGCUCUCUUUCAGCACCGCGUCGGCCGCGGCGCUGGGGAACCAGAGCGGCGGGAGCGGGGGCGACAGCACUGGCGCCUCGGCUGGCGGCGGCCUCGGCGGGCACGGUGCGGCGGGGAGGCCACCGCUGGGCCCCGCGGCGGCGCCGCUGCUAUCUCAGGGGGCGGCGGUGGAGGCCCAGACGCUCGUCCUCCUGCUCAUCUUCCUGCUGUCUAGCCUGGGCAACUGCGCGGUGAUAGGGGUGAUCGUGAAGCACCGACAGCUCCGCACCCUCACCAACGCGUUCAUCCUGUCCCUGUCUCUGUCGGAUCUGCUCACGGCGCUGCUCUGCCUGCCAGCCGCCUUCCUGGACCUCUUCACACCGCCCGAGGGCCGGCCCGCCGCCGCCGCGGGGCCCUGGCGCGCCAGCCAUCUCUUCAGCUCGUGCUUCGGCAUCGUGUCCACGCUCAGCGUAGCCCUCAUCUCGCUGGACCGCUACUGCGCCAUCGUGCGGCCGAUGCGGGAGAAGAUCGGGCGCCGCCGCGCGCUGCAGCUGCUGGCCGGCGCUUGGCUGGCGGCGCUGGGCUUCUCCUUGCCCUGGGAGCUGCUCCGUGCUACCUGGGAGUCCCCGGCGGCGCAGAGCUUCCACGGCUGCCUGUACCGGACGACCCCGGACCCCGCGCAAUUGGGCGCGGCCUACAGUGUGGGGUUGGGGGUGGCUUGCUACCUGCUGCCCUUCCUGCUCAUGUGCUUCUACCACUACCACGUCUGCAGGACCGUGCGCCUGUCGGACUUGCGCGUGCGGCCCCUGACCACCUGCGCGCGCGUGCUGCGCUUCUUCAGCGACGUGCGCACGGCCACCACAGUGCUCAUCAUGAUUGUCCUCGUCAUCUGCUGCUGGGGGCCCUACUGCUUCCUGGUGCUGCUGACCGCGGCCCGGCAGGCCCAAGCCACGCAGGCUCCCUCGCUCCUCAACGUGGUGGCCGUAUGGCUGACCUGGGCCAAUGGGGCCAUCAACCCUGUCAUCUAUGCCAUUCGCAACCCAAACAUUUCGAUGCUCCUAGGGCGCAACCGGCAAGAGGGCUACCGGACUAGGAACAUGGACGUUUUCCUGCCCAACCAGGGCCCGGCUCUGCCAGCUAGAAGCAGCAAUCCCCUUCGAAACCGCUAUAGCAACCACCUGGGGGCCUGCAGCAGGAUGUCCUCUUCCAACCCGACCAGCGUGGUGGGAGGGGACGACGUGGCCAUGUGGGCUCGCAAAAAUCCAGUUGUGCUUUUCUGCCCGGAGGGGCCACCAGAUCCUGCGACAGCAGCAGCUAAACAGCCUAAAUCUGAAGCCGGGGAUACCAGCCUCCAAGAAGGGUUGGGAUGCACAGCUUGUGAAGGCAAAUUUCCACCCGCUUCGAUGAACAAUACAGGAUUCCGGGGAGAAUCGUGUGUUUCAUAAAGCCAAACAUUUACAAAAGAGGCAGAGGGGGAGGCUUACCACUUCCCCCAAACAACAUACAAGACAGUGUCCUUUCCUUCAGAAGUGCGGAAAGGAAUGUAAAGUGCAAAACUUAAGAAGAUGUUUAACCACACAACCAAGCAUUGUGAACUGUAAGUGCCAAAAAUGACAAAAAUAAAAUUCACAAUUACUGAAAAUCUCAUAUUACAGGAAUCACACUGUGAAACAAACAAAAAAAUUCAUUGAAUGCAACUGGUUCAUAUACAUAGACUUUCAGGAAAGAAUGAAGACCUUAAGAAUUGCUCGA